AGCGAGAAGCCGCAGCUACCGCGCAAAGCCCUUGGCGUCUUGGAGCAACCGCCCGCCGCCCGGGAACGCGGGCGCUGCUCCUGGCGGCGGCUUCGGGCCGAGCGGGGUGAAGCGGAGGCCGGGGUGGCGGGAGGCCGGCGGGGCCCGGGCGGGAGGCGAAGACUCAUGAAAUGGCCACAGAUGAUAAGAGGUCCCCGACACUGGACUCUGCUAAUGAUUUGCCUCGCUCCCCCACUAGUCCUUCUCACCUCACUCACUUUAAACCUUUGACUCCGGACCAGGAUGAGCCCCCCUUCAAGUCAGCAUAUAGCUCUUUUGUAAAUCUUUUCCGUUUUAACAAAGAGAGAGGAGAAGGGGGCCAAGGAGAGCAGCAGUCUCCGAGUGCAAGUUGGUCCAGCCCUCAGAUCCCUUCAAGGACACAGUCUGUGAGGUCGCCUGUCCCUUAUAAAAAGCAGCUCAAUGAGGAGCUUCAGCGGCGCUCUUCAGUGUUAGCGGAGAACACUUUGCCACAUCCCCAGGAGAACACAGACUCAAGAAGGAAAGCAGAACCAGCCUUUGGAGGUCAUGACCCACGUACAGCUGUUCAGCUUCGAAGCCUCAGCACAGUAUUGAAGCGCCUCAAAGAAAUCAUGGAAGGGAAAAGCCAGGACAGUGACCUGAAGCAGUACUGGAUGCCAGAUAGCCAGUGUAAAGAGUGCUACGAUUGCAGUGAGAAGUUUACCACCUUUAGGCGCAGACACCACUGCAGAUUGUGUGGGCAGAUUUUCUGCAGUCGUUGUUGUAACCAGGAAAUCCCGGGCAAGUUUAUGGGCUAUACAGGCGACCUCCGAGCAUGCACAUACUGUAGAAAAAUAGCCUUAAGUUAUGCUCAUUCUACAGACAGUAAUUCCAUUGGGGAAGACUUGAAUGCUCUUUCAGAUUCAACUUGCUCUGUGUCUAUACUCGAUCCAAGUGAACCUCGGACACCUGUUGGGAGUAGAAAAGCCAGUCGUAACAUAUUUUUAGAGGAUGAUUUAGCCUGGCAAAGUUUGAUUCAUCCAGACUCCUCAAAUAGUGCUCUUUCAACGAGACUUGUAUCUGUUCAAGAGGAUGCAGGGAAAUCUCCUGCUCGAAACAGAUCAGCCAGCAUUACUAAUCUGUCACUGGAUCGAUCUGGUUCUCCUAUGGUUCCUUCAUAUGAGACAUCUGUCAGUCCCCAGGCUAACCGAACCUAUGUUAGGACAGAGACGGCUGAGGAUGAACGUAAAAUUCUUCUGGACAGUGUUCAGUUAAAGGAUCUGUGGAAAAAAAUCUGCCAUCACAGCAGCGGGAUGGAAUUUCAGGAUCACCGUUACUGGUUGAGAACACAUCCCAACUGCAUCGUAGGAAAGGAAUUAGUCAACUGGCUAAUCAGAAAUGGACACAUCGCUACGAGGGCACAAGCUAUAGCAAUUGGACAAGCAAUGGUUGACGGACGUUGGUUGGAUUGUGUCAGUCAUCAUGACCAGCUUUUCAGGGAUGAGUAUGCGCUGUAUAGACCACUGCAGAGUACGGAAUUUUCUGAAACACCUUCUCCAGACAGCGACUCAGUGAACUCUGUGGAAGGACACUCUGAACCAUCCUGGUUUAAAGACAUAAAGUUUGAUGAUAGCGACACGGAACAGAUUGCCGAAGAAGGUGACGACAAUUUGGCUAAUUCUGCCAGCCCUAGCAAGCGCACCUCAGUCAGCAGUUUCCAGUCCACAGUGGACAGUGACUCAGCCGCUUCCAUCAGCCUGAACGUGGAGCUGGACAACGUGAACUUCCAUAUCAAGAAGCCCUCCAAGUACCCACAUGUGCCCCCUCACCCUGCUGACCAAAAAGAGUAUUUGGUUUCUGACGCUGGAGGACAGCAGCUCUCAAUAAGUGAUGCCUUCAUCAAAGAAUCCUUAUUUAAUCGACGAGUAGAGGAAAAAUCCAAAGAGUUGCCUUUCACCCCUUUGGGCUGGCAUCAUAACAACCUGGAGCUCUUGCGGGAGGAGAAUGAGGAGAAGCAAGCCAUGGAAAGGCUGCUUUCAGCUAAUCAUAACCACAUGAUGGCACUACUCCAGCAGUUGCUUCAUAAUGAGUCAUUGUCAUCAUCUUGGAGGGACAUCAUUGUGUCACUGGUUUGCCAGGUUGUUCAGACAGUCCGACCUGAUGUCAAGCACCAGGAUGAUGACAUGGAUAUCCGCCAGUUUGUCCACAUCAAGAAGAUCCCAGGUGGAAAGAAAUUUGAUUCCGUGGUUGUCAAUGGCUUUGUUUGUACCAAGAACAUUGCACAUAAAAAGAUGAAUUCUUGUAUUAAAAACCCCAAAAUCCUUCUGUUGAAGUGUUCCAUUGAGUAUCUCUAUAGAGAAGAAACUAAGUUUACUUGCAUUGAUCCUAUUGUGCUUCAGGAAAGAGAAUUCUUGAAGAAUUAUGUUCAACGGAUAGUUGAUGUUCGACCCACAUUGGUUCUAGUUGAGAAAACAGUGUCUCGGAUCGCUCAGGACAUGUUACUAGAACAUGGCAUUACUCUGGUCAUUAAUGUAAAGUCACAAGUUUUAGAACGAAUCAGUCGAAUGACCCAAGGUGAUUUAGUGGUGUCCAUGGACCAGCUGCUCACUAAACCACACCUGGGCACUUGCCACAAAUUUUAUAUGCAGAUAUUUCAGUUACCUAAUGAACAAACCAAAACACUGAUGUUUUUUGAAGGCUGCCCACAGCACCUAGGGUGUACAAUCAAGCUCAGAGGAGGCUCCGAUUAUGAGCUGGCUCGAGUUAAGGAGAUCCUGAUAUUUAUGAUCUGUGUAGCUUAUCAUUCUCAACUAGAGAUCUCCUUUCUCAUGGAUGAAUUUGCUAUGCCUCCAACAUUAAUGCAAAGCCCUUCAUUCCAUUCUCUGACUGAGGGACGUGGGGAUGAGGGAGGGUCUCAGGAGCAGUUCGGUGGCAGCUCUCUGCCCCAGGACCCAGAGUGCCCUCCUGACUCUCUGUCUUCUGAUGAUAGCACUUUGUUGGAAUCAAGGACUGUGCUUGAGAAGGGUGAGCCGGACAGUAAAAGUGUUACCCAGGCGGUUGCCUCUUUGAAGCAUCAAGAUUAUACGACACCCACGUGCCCAGCAGGUAUUCCGUGUGCUCUCUUUGCGUUGGUACCUGAAUCGUUGUUGCCUCUUCAUAUGGAUCAACAGGAUGCUGUAGGAAAUGAAGAGCCAGAGCCAUUGCAGCAAACAGAGGAGCAGCAGGAUCCCAAGAGCCAGAUGAGAGCCUUCAGAGACCCUCUACAGGACGACACUGGAAUGUACGUUACUGAGGAAGUCACCUCCUCAGAAGAUACACGAAAGACUUACUCUCUCACAUUUAAACAGGAAUUAAAAGAUGUGAUCCUCUGCAUCUCUCCAGUUAUUACGUUCCGGGAACCCUUCCUUUUAACUGAAAAGGGGAUGAGGUGCUCAACUCGGGAUUAUUUUCCAGAGCAGAUUUACUGGUCUCCUCUCCUCAAUAAAGAGGUGAAGGAAAUGGAGAUGAGGAGGAAGAAACAGCUGCUCAGAGAUCUCUCUGGACUUCAGGGCAUGAAUGGCAGUGUUCAGGCCAAGUCUAUUCAAGUUUUACCCUCACAUGAGCUAGUGAGCACCCGGAUUGCUGAACAUCUGGGUGACAGCCAGAGCUUGGGUAGAAUGCUGGCUGAUUAUCGCGCUAGAGGAGGAAGAAUUCAGUCAAAACAUUUGGACCCUUUUGUCCAUUCAAAAGAUGCAUCGUGUACUUUAAGUGGCAAAUCGGGAAACAAAACGGAAUGUGAUGAAGAGAGGGGGUUGAUUCCAAGUGAUGCCUUAUGGUCAACGAAGGUGGACUGUCUGAACCCUGCGAACCACCAGAGGCUCUGUGUACUCUUCAGCAGCUCCUCUGCCCAAUCCAGCAACGCCCCCAGUGCCUGUGUCAGCCCCUGGAUUGUAACAAUGGAAUUUUAUGGAAAGAAUGAUCUCACACUGGGAAUAUUUUUAGAAAGAUACUGUUUCAGGUCGUCUUACCAGUGUCCUAGCAUGUUCUGUGAUACCCCCAUGGUGCAUCACAUUCGACGCUUUGUUCAUGGCCAAGGCUGUGUGCAGAUAAUCCUGAAGGAGCUGGAUUCUCCAGUGCCUGGAUAUCAACAUACAAUUCUCACAUAUUCCUGGUGCAGAAUCUGCAAACAAGUAACACCAGUUGUUGCUCUUUCAAAUGAAUCCUGGUCUAUGUCAUUUGCAAAGUACCUUGAACUUCGGUUUUAUGGGCACCAGUACACACGCAGAGCCAAUGCUGAGCCGUGUGGUCACUCUAUCCACCAUGAUUAUCACCAGUAUUUCUCUUAUAACCAGAUGGUGGCAUCUUUCAGCUACUCUCCUAUUCGGCUUCUUGAGGUAUGUGUUCCACUACCAAAAAUAUUCAUCAAGCGUCAAGCCCCAUUGAAAGUGUCCCUUCUCCAGGACCUCAAGGACUUUUUUCAGAAAGUUUCACAGGUAUACCUAGCUGUUGAUGAAAGACUUGCAUCCUUGAAAACGGAUACAUUUAGCAAAACAAGAGAAGAAAAAAUGGAAGAUAUCUUUGCACAAAAAGAGAUGGAGGAGGGUGAGUUCAAGAACUGGACUGAGAAGAUGCAAGCCAGACUCCUGUCCUCCUCUGUGGAUACCCCUCAGCAACUCCAGUCCAUCUUUGAGUCGCUCAUUGCCAAGAAGCAAAGUCUCUGUGAGGUGCUGCAAGCGUGGAACAGCAGGUUGCAGGACCUUUUCCAGCAGGAAAAAGGUAGAAAGAGGCCUUCGGUUCCUCCUAGUCCUGGGAGACUGAGACAAGGAGAGGAAAGCAAGAUAAGUGCAAUGGACACAUCUCCAAGGAAUAUUUCUCCAGGACUUCACAAUGGAGAAAAAGAGGAUCGCUUCUUGACAACCCUGUCCAGCCAGAGCUCCACAAGCUCUACCCAUCUCCAGUUGCCCACUCCUCCUGAGGCCCUGGCCGAGCAGUCAAUGGGAGGGCCCUCUGACCUCGAUACAGCCAGUGGCUCUGAAGAUGUAUUUGAUGGGCAUUUGCUGGGAUCCACAGACAGCCAGGUGAAGGAAAAGUCAACCAUGAAAGCCAUCUUUGCUAAUUUGCUUCCAGGAAACAGCUAUAAUCCCAUUCCAUUUCCUUUUGAUCCAGAUAAACACUAUUUAAUGUAUGAACAUGAACGGGUGCCCAUUGCUGUCUGUGAGAAAGAACCCAGCUCCAUCAUUGCUUUUGCACUCAGUGCUUUAGAUAACAGACCGAAGAGUAGCAGCCCAAUUAGAUUACCUGAAAUCAGUGGAGGACAGACGAACCGUAUAGUAGACGGAGAGCCUCAGCCAACUAAAAAGGCUUCAGGAAUGUUGUCCUUCUUCAGAGGAACGUCAGGGAAGAGCCCUGAUCUCUCUUCUCAGAAGAGGGAGACCUUACGUGGGGCCGACAGUGCUUACUACCAGGUCGGACAGACCGGGAAAGAGGGGACGGAGGGCCAAGGCCUGGAACCUCAAGAUGAGGUAGAUGGAGGAGAUACUCAGAAGAAACAACUCACAAAUCCUCAUGUGGAACUUCAAUUUUCAGAUGCAAAUGCCAAGUUUUACUGUCGCCUAUACUACGCGGGAGAGUUCCAUAAGAUGCGUGAAGUGGUUCUGGGCAGCAGUGAAGAAGAUUUCAUCCGCUCGCUCUCUCACUCGUCACCCUGGCAGGCCCGGGGAGGCAAGUCAGGAGCUGCUUUCUACGCCACAGAAGAUGAUAGAUUCAUUUUGAAGCAAAUGCCUCGUCUGGAAGUCCAGUCUUUCCUUGACUUUGCACCACACUACUUCAAUUAUAUCACAAAUGCUGUUCAACAGAAGAGGCCCACUGCUUUGGCCAAAAUUCUUGGAGUUUACAGAAUUGGUUAUAAGAACUCUCAAAACAACACUGAGAAGAAGUUAGAUCUCCUUGUCAUGGAAAAUCUUUUCUAUGGGAGAAAAAUGGCGCAGGUUUUUGAUUUAAAAGGUUCACUUAGGAAUCGAAAUGUAAAAACUGACACUGGAAAAGAGAGUUGUGAUGUAGUUCUGCUGGAUGAAAACCUCCUAAAGAUGGUUCGUGACAACCCUCUGUAUAUUCGUUCCCAUUCCAAAUCUGUGCUGAGAACCUCCAUCCAUAGUGACGCCCAUUUCCUUUCGAGCCACCUCAUUAUAGACUAUUCUUUGCUGGUUGGUCGAGAUGACACUAGCAAUGAGCUGGUAGUUGGAAUCAUAGAUUAUAUUCGAACAUUUACUUGGGACAAAAAGCUCGAGAUGGUUGUGAAGUCAACAGGAAUUUUAGGAGGACAAGGUAAAAUGCCAACUGUGGUCUCUCCAGAGUUAUAUAGGACUAGAUUUUGUGAAGCAAUGGACAAGUAUUUCCUGAUGGUGCCAGACCACUGGACAGGGUUGGAUCUGAAUUGCUGAAAUCAUGCAUAUGAUUUGAAAUAGACCAUGAAGGAAAGCAUAUCUGAGGAAGAGACCCAAACUAUAUGUUGAUAUACCACUGAACACAAAAGCCUUUCAGUUCUGUGACUAUCUAUAACUGCAGGGUAAAAGCUCCAUGGAUUGUGCUUUGCUUCUGUUACUUGAAAUUGGCUGCCUGUAAGCCAGGAAAUUGUACAAGCUAAAUACAGCUUCUUUCCAAGGGACUGUGGUUAGAGAUGAGUAUAUAGGAUAAGAAAUUGAGUUGUCAUAUUUACUAACUCAGUUGCUUGAAGAGUAAAGCUCUGUCUGCUAGACUAUGACUGUUUGAUAGACUGUGACUGGUAGACUGUGACUAUCUGGUAGACUGACUAUCUGGUAGACUGUGGCUGUCUGGUAGACUGUGGCUGUCUGGUAGACUGUGGCUGUCUGGUAGAUUGUGGCUGUCUGGUAGACUGACUGUCUAAUGGAUUGUGACUAUCUAAUAGAUGGUGACUGUCAGGUAGACUGUGACUAGUAGACUGUCUGGAAAAUUGUGACUAAUAGAUUGUGACUAUCUGAUAGAUUGUGGCUGUCUGGUAGACUGUGACUGGUAGACUGUGACUGUCUGGUAGAUUGUGGCUGUCUGAUAGAUUGUGGCUGUCUGGUAGACUGUGACUGUCUGGUAGACUGUGACUGUCUGGUAGACUGUGACUGUCUGGUAGAUUGUGGCUGUCUGGUAAACUGUGACUGUCUGGUAGACUGUGACUGGUAGACUGUGACUGUCUGGUAGAUUGUGGCUGUCUGGUAGAUUGUGGCUGUCUGGUAGACUGUGACUGUCUGGUAGACUGUGACUGUCUGGUAGAUUGUGGCUGUCUGGUAGACUGUGACUGUCUAAUGGAUUGUGACUAUCUAAUAGAUUGUGGCUGUCUGGUAGAUUGUGGCUGUCUGGUAGACUGUGACUGUCUGGUAGACUGUGACUGUCUGGUAGACUGUGGCUGUCUGGUAGACUGUGGCUGUCUGGUAGACUGUGGCUGUCUGGUAGACUGUGGCUGUCUGGUAGACUGUGACUGUCUGGUAGACUGUGACUGUCUGGUAGACUGUGACUGUCUGGUAGACUGUGGCUGUCUGGUAGACUGUGGCUGUCUGGUAGACUGUGGCUGUCUGGUAGACUGUGGCUGUCUGGUAGACUGUGGCUGUCUGGUAGACUGUGACUGUCUAAUGGAUUGUGACUAUCUAAUAGAUGGUGACUGUCAGGUAGACUGUGACUGCCUGACAUCACAUUUGACACUUUUUCCCUGAGAAGGCACUUACAGACUUGCUUAGUUCAUUUUAUGUUUCCUGUGUAGUAACUUUAUGUUUGUUCGUAUAAUUUCUGAAACAUUUAGGAAAAUUCUGAUUUAUUCUGUUAAUUGCCAGUUAAACAGAUUAGUGCUUGCUUUAUUAGGAAUUUGACUCAAACUGGGAAUCCUGUCAUACUCUGUAUUCUCCAGCUUACCUUACAGUUUUUAACUGUGUUUGAGACUUUACCAUUCUCUCUUCUGCGGGUGAUUGGAGCCUACAACCAUUAGCUUUCAAGCCUUCCUUAGAACAUUUUAAGGAGCUUGUUUAAAACUUCUGUGUAAUGUGCCAAACAGCACUUAACUUACAUGUAUGGCCUCCUCACUUCCUGUGGGACUAGAGUGAUGCCUUUCCCUGCUGUGUGUGGGUUGUUUCUGUUUUCCUUGUUGGUUUCAGAACAGUGCUCAUAGCUGAGUUCCAGGGCAGUAACCCCUGACGGUAACAUGGUAUGGCCAUUCUCUCUUGCCCCUGACUUGAAAAGCAAUUUUGCUUUUUAAAGUAUUGUUGCCUCUGGUAUUUUAGUAACUAAACUUUCUGAAACAAGAGUUAUUGCUUUGAAAGCUCAACUUGUCCUUUUAAAAUUAAUGUCAAGCUGGUGUUAGUGAAGGGGAAACGCACAAGUGAACUGUUUACAAGGUCCAAGUGUGACUCCUGGCUGCUUGCAUUUAGCCACUACCGUGUAUAUGUUUGUAUAUAUAAUAUUUCCAAUGCUUUGAAUUGAAUGGCUCUUGUCCUCUUAAACUCCCUUUCAUGGCCUAAAGAAUAUUAAUGUUGAAAAACUGUGAAUAAGGAAGAAAUCUCAUGCUCAGAAUAUGAAUUCCAAAGUAACUGAUAGUAACAUGAGAGAAUUAUGUCAACAUGUUGCUUUCUUUAUGAAUCCUAUUUAUAAAUAUGAAGCUUUUUGAUGACAUAAAAUUUUGUUUAAAAAACAGAAGACUUAAUUUUCCUAUCUGCCUGAGGGGAGAAAGGAGAGCUCAGCCAUGGUGAGCCCUUUUGUAGUCUACUGAGUACUUUCUCUUCUCAAGCUUUCCUACGGAGUGUCUGGGCAGUGGAUUUCUAGCUUUGGCCUCUGUCUAAAUAAUAGGGUCAUUCAUACCGGCAUCGGUGUGGGCGACAGCUUUGUGGCUGGGGUUUCCUGGCACAUUAGCCACUAGCAGUGGGCUUCUUGGAAAUGCCAGGGAGAGUUACCAGCCUGCAGAAAGUUAGCCGAGUUUCCGGUGUGAAAACCGUUGCCAGUGAGCCUGAGGAAGCCUGACCAGGACAUUCAUGCUCUCAAUGUGACUUCUGCAGUAUUCAAAACAUCUAGUGCAAUGCCUUUUUUUUUUUUUUUGGAUUGUUUUUUGUAAUGGGUUCAGUGUAUUAUAGAAAAAAAAUGAAAAUUACAAGCACGAGCAGUUUUGUUAAUGCUGCUUUGUCAGUUUUGUAAAAAAAUGUACAUAAUGUCUUUCAACAGGUUUUAAACUAGAAGAAAUAACAUUGUAAAUCACAGUAGCCUCCUGAUUUAAUAUGAAAAACUCAAUAUUAAAAGUACUUAAUGUAUUGAAAUGUAUAUAUUUCUCUAACUUUGUUCCAGCUGUUUUAUAUGAUUGACAUGUUAUUUAAAGAUAACUACCCUAGCCUUUUAGAGACUUGUACUGUAAAUAAAGAGGACCUACAAUAAACUGGAAUUUACUUAC